AUGAACCGUUAUUCUUCCAUUUCUAGAACUAUCACCACCAAACUCAGUGUCAAACGCCAUAUUCUCAUUCCCAGCCAUCACAUUUCCAAGUAUCACCGCAACAGCAAAAGGCCCACCAUGACAAUGCCCAUCCCAACCCCCAAUGAGCGCAUCCGCCGCUUCAAAGAAGCCCUCUCCAUAGUCUACGGCCCCUUUGACAACAUCCUCUCCUCCCCGGACCCAGAAGCUUCCGCCUUGUCGUGGACGCCCCCCUCCUCCCCGGGCGCAGCCGGUCACCUAGGCCGUUACCUCUGGACCGAUGCCUUUGGCGUAGUCAACUUCAUCACCUUAUCCAAAGAGCUCUCUUGUCCUCCUUACCUAACCCUUGCCAAAAGACUCGUCACCACCGUCCACGAAACCCUAGGCCGCACCCGGGACCUAUCCUCCCGUCUCCCCGGUGCUACAGACGCAGAACCCCUAAAGGGCGGUCUCCGGAUAGGAAAACUCCACUCUGAGGAAGAAGACCCACGUGAUGGCGACGGGCAGUAUCACCACUACCUGACAUUAUGGAUGUUUGCGCUCAACAGGCUGGCCUUGGCGACGGGGGAUAAACAGUGGAGUUUACUGGCUGUUCAGCUUGCCAAGGCGGUGCACAACAAGUUUAUCGUCAGGAACAGGAACAAUCAUCAUGCAGAGAGGAUGGUGUGGAAGAUGUCUACUGAUUUGUCGCGGGUGUCGGUUCCCACGGAGGGACAUCUUGAUGCCGCGACGGGGUUUGUCGUUUAUAGGCUUUUGCAGAGAACGGCCGAGUACAUGCAUGGCCCACCGGGGGAUUUGGUGUCAGAGAUUGCGGAUUACCGGCUUUUGAUGGGGAGGGAGGGGAAGAUGAGGGUGAGUAAUGACUGUUUGGACUUGGGGAUGGGGUUGUGGAUAUGCCAUUUCUUCCGUGAUGAGGAUUGGGCCAGGACUUUGGGUAGUCAGAGUUUGGAGGUGGGGAAGAUACUCCUGGAUGGGAAGAGGGGGGUCGCGAGCAGGGACGCGAAUAGGAGGUUGGCUUUCCGGGAGUUUGGAGCCUGUUUGGGGUUGAGGUGUUAUGGGUGCGGAGCUGAUGCGGAGCUGAAGGAGAGUGUGAAGGGGGUGCUGGAGUUUUGGCAGCGAUACUUGGAGGGUUCGACAGAUGAGGAUUUGAAGCCAAUUUCGUUGGUCAUGUACGCUGCGGCUGGGCUCCCAGGUGGUGAGUCUUUUGUUCUCUGUGUCGAUGAUGAAAAUGUGACUGACAAGGCACAGCAUUUGAGGAUGGGUAUCUGGGUCGCGGAUAGGCUGGAAGAUGUUACUCAAUCCAAUACAGCAAUGAUUCUUGUUGUGCCAAUUUCUAUCACGUUCUGGCUCCUCAUUAUCGUCAUCGCGAAGGAAUGGUGUCGUGACGAGAAGUUACGUGGCGCAAGCUCUUCGACCUUUGGGUAUAAAACUAUCAAGGAUCCUUCCAAUGUUUCUCUCUAUCUUCUGCAAGACACCAUGUUAUAUAUACUCAUGCCACAAUACCUCUACACGAAAAAAGAUUUCAAUCAACCUUACCUCACAUAA